AUGGACAUGGACGAAGUUAGAACCGUUUAUCGAGGGGAGGAGUUGAAGGCAUACGUUACUGUUACAGUAGUUGUUGCUUCCAUUAUGAGCGAAUCUGCCGGCUUGAGUGGUUCGGCAUCUUCAGAAUCUGUUACCAGUCCGGAGGUACUCCCUCCCCCUUCAAAUGAAGGCCCCUCAGUGUCUUUCCUGCUUCCAAACGAGGAUGCAACUAUCAAGCUCGGCCAGCAGAUAGCGAGUGUCUUGCGGCCGGGCCUAACGGUCCUACUGAAGGGGAAUUUGGGCGCCGGCAAGACAUGCUUGGCUCGAGCCUUGAUGCGGCACAUAACGCAAAAGACAACGCUGGAGGUACCAAGCCCGAGCUAUCUGAUCAGCUUCACAUACAUUGUUGAGGACGAAUAUGGGUUAUUGGAGAAGGGCUCAAAGGUGCACCAUUUGGACCCCUACCGACUGGCCUCGGGGAAGGUGGCUGCCUUGUUCGACUUUGAUACGGCCUUUCGUGAGGACAUUACUAUUAUUGAGUGGCCAGAGAGGCUUGGCUCUAAUGUCACUCCGCCGAGCAGCUCGUCACUGGUGGUAUACUUCAGCGGAGUGGGCCCGCAGGCAGUGGGGCGACACGUCACGCUCAGCUGCAGUGGUCAGGCUGAGUAUUGGUCCUCGGUGCUCAAGGCGUGGCCGCCGAAGAUCCGUGUGGGGAAGCCUCGUCCAGCUAAUGCAGAGGAAGGAACCGAUAAGCCUGUUGGUGAUGGAGAGACUAAAGAAAGUCAGUUCCUGCCGCCGUUACCGAGCGAUCAAUCCAAGUGGUUAGUGUUGGGCAUUGAGUCCUCGUGCGAUGAUACAGCCGCCGCAGUAGUGGAUAUUGAUGGCAACAUACGGGGAGAAGCGAUAGCUAGUCAAGCGGAAAUUCAUAGUCAGUACGGAGGAGUCGUCCCCAAGCUGGCGCAGGAAGCUCAUGCCUCUGCCAUUAACAAGACAACCGAACUAGCCCUUUCACGGGCCGGUAUUGACUUCAAAGAUCUCACAGCUGUUGGGGUCACUGUCGGGCCGGGCUUAGCUCUCUGUCUGCAGGUUGGAGUGAAGAGUGCCAUCGAGCUCGCAGCCAAAUACGACCUGCCGUUGGUACGGACUCAUCAUAUGGAGUCUCAUAUGCUAGUGACGAGGAAGCCUGAUCCGACGCCGACAGCCUCUUCCACGUCCCCUUCCCCACAUCGGCCGGAGUUCCCAUUCGUCACCUUACUGGUCUCAGGUGGUCACAACAUGGCGGUGCUGACCAGAGGAAUGGGGGAUCAUAUCAUUCUGGGCUCAACCUUGGACGACUCUGUAGGAGAGUGUUUCGAUAAGGUUGCUCGGCUGUUGGACAUCCACGACGUCCCUGGUGGCCCCGUUCUCGAGAAGCUAGCGAGCGAGGGUAAUCCCAGGGCGUGCCUGCGAGAGCUGGCCAAGCCUCUAGCCAAGACCCGUGAUCUUGAGCUGAAGAAUGGUUGUGAUUUCUCUUUUGCUGGGCUGAAGACAUCGAUGCGACACCUCAUCGAGGGAGGCAAGUACAGCAAGCCUGACAUGGCGGCCUCUUUCCAGAAGCGCUGUGUAGACCAUCUUGUUGAACGGGCGGGUCGAGCCAUUGAUUGGGCCUUGGAAAUCGACGAUAGCAUCAAGACCUGGUGGUCGCUGGAGCUGGCCAAGGAGAAGGGUCUCACUUACACUGUCCUCCUACUAGCUCUGUACUGA